AUGCCUACUCUUUUGUCAAUCUCGCAGAAUGAACCGUUCCCAAUGUCAACCAUGACCGACGGCCAACAACCAACCUCGUACAAGGAGAUUAUCAAGCAGCUCGCUGCUCAAGCACCGAAACCUUAUGGCGCCAUUCCACCGCUCCUCAAGAAACGUAAAAAGAAGAGCAGCAAGCAUAGAUCACGUCGUAAAUCGCCGGAUCCAGAAGACGAGCCGCAACAGCUGAAACCAACAAUGCGUCGCAUGUCCCAUGUGGAAGAUUGGAUAGUGGUUGACAGCAAGGAAAGUCUACCAGACGAAGAGGAAUUGACGCAUCCAUUCUCGACAUUUUUAUCUGCCGGCUUUUUGACACAAGUACUACCAUUGCAUAUGCCACCACCCUCUUUAAGUGAUCCCGCCACUGAAAUACGAGAUGCUAUAGCAGCCGAGACAACCGAUCAAGUACAAUCAUUGGAUGAUGCAUUGGAUGAGGAGGAUGAGGAGGAAGCAACACUACGUGGUCGUGUCGUUCAUGCGAAUUGGAAAAGUGAUGGUGAAGAAGCGGAUGAGGAUGAUGAGGAAGACGAGGAUGAUGAUGAUGAAGGGGAUUCUUUCAGUGUUAAAAGCGUACUAUCAGACAACAAGACAUUGGUACGACGGCAUUCAAUUACAUCUUUUUCAAAGGCACAGACACCUUCAACGUCGACUACAGCCUCCUAUGUCAUGUCAUCUUCUCCACCACGACCUUCAGAUAUGCAACAAGUGCGACUUGCACAGACAAUAGCCAAAUUGAGAUGGUCACUUGUCGUAUCAUCACCACCACCAUCCCCUGUAUCAGCAAGCCCUGAAUCAUUGAAAAAGAAAUCGACGACAAAGGCAGGAUUGAUACCCAUGCCACCACCUCCAAGACGACCGGCUUCGCAACGUCGACGAUCCGAAGCUACCACAAAACCGCGGUUUAAUCCCGAGACCAACACGUAUACCCGAGAUACCCGAUCCAAUCCUGAUCACCUUAGGAUAAUUGUUGCAGAGCUCCGUAUGAUGAGGCACAAGAAGCUAUUAAGUCCACUCAAACCUCGAGGCUUUUUGCCCAGGCGCAAGGAUCCGUUUAUUAAGGGCACCAAUCGAAAGAUUUCACCUUUGAGAUUUCAAGUGGAGGAAUGA